AUGCAUCUUUCUACGACACUGUCUCUGCGAAGAAUUCUCAACAGUGGUUUUCAUCCGUUUCAAGUAAUUCCGAAGCCUGAUGUAUGGAUGAAGCGAGAACGCCUCAAUCGAUUUACAGCUCACGCCGAAGAACGAGUACGUACUGCGCUUGCUGAACAUGACAUGGAAUAUCCAAAAUUCAAAUCGAUUCUCGCACAGUCUCACAUUUUGCUCGAUAACAUUGUCCUUUCACAACUUGCCAUCUACGAACCAAGAUCCUUUAAAAGUCUCGUCGCAUUUGCAAAAGAACUAGCUCGCCAAGAAGGUAUGGAUGUGAUUCCAGAUGAUCCAGAAUUCUCUUAUGAUGUUCAUGUGGACAACAAGUCAGUACUCCGUAAACCACUACCACGAGCCGUUGAAUACACACGAGGAGCUUCUGAAAAUCACACUCACAAGCCGAGAAAGCUGCGAGAGAACGAGUAUUAA